AACUUCACAAGAGUGAGCUUGGCGGGCCUGAUUUACAAGAGUGGAAGUGGAGCUUUGAUGUGCUUGGACGACCUGGCCUACAUGCUACUAAUGCUGCAUACUAAUAUUACAUAAAGCAAAUAAUAUUAAAGACAGUACUGGACAGUAAUAAUUAGCAUUUAUCCGAUGAUUUAUAAAUCAUCUAAAUAAAAUUAUAUGUAAUAUUUCACAGAAAUACAAAAUCAGCCAAGAGAAAUGAAUGGUAUUGAGAGUUAUGUAACAUGCCCAUUUAAUGAGUCACAUCGUAUACUAAGAGCUCGGUUUCAGACGCACUUAGUCAAAUGCAGUAAAAAUUAUCCAAAGCAUAUGAAAGAUGUAUGCCCUUUUGAUGCGACACAUCGGUUGGUUCCAGAAGAGUUUGAGCAUCAUCUUACAGUAUGUCCAAGUAGUGGAAAUGUGCAGUGUUAUCAAAACAUAUUGGGACCAGAACAAAAUGUAGGAACAGUUUCAAUACAACAAGCAUGUGAUCUACAGACUACUGUGGAUGAUGUAGAGGAUUGGUCUGGGAACAAUCCUUCAUACAAUCCAUUUGCUGCUUCAGAAAAGAAAAAUGUUCUGAGAAUACCAAUAGCCAUGUCAAAAUCAGAAAAGAAGAAGUUCAAGUUAUAUGAAAGACAGAGAUUAUCAUCUUUAGAAAAUAACAUCAAUAAGAACCGCAAUGAUACCUGUGCUUUUGAACAAAAGAAAGAACGUGAAGGACCAUUACGAACUCCUAAACACGCUCCUGCAGCAGUGUUUCAUGAUGCAAGCACUUCAACUGAUAAUAUUGUUUUGCAAAUGAAGAACAUUUCUAUUGAUAAAAACAAUGAAACUUCAGUAAACAAAAAUUCGACAUUAAAUAAUAAUGAUUCUGGGAAAGACAACAAAAAUGCGUCGAUAGAUACUUUAGUAAAUGACAUUGGUAGUAUUACCAAUCAAAAAAAUAGUUUUCAGUUUGAACAAAAAGAAAAUAUGUCAAUAAAAAAAACAUGUGCCAAUGCUUCAGAAAAAAAGGAUCUUAAAGCAAAUAACAUCCUACCAAAGUUAAUUAAACAUUAUACUUUCGAACAGCAAAGAUUAAAUGUACAAAAUGGCAUACUGUAUGGAGAACCAAAGAAAGUUAGUACUGGAAGAGGAUUUAUUCUUGCCUGCAAGCGUUCAAAUCCUAAUACAUCGAAGAAACAAGAAGAAUAUGAGAACUCAAAAUCUUCUAAUUCUCCUUCUGAUUAUGAGGAUGACUAAUAAGACUUCAGUAUUUCUAUUAUGACAGUAAUGAUAAGAUAUCGUUAAAAAAUCAGCUGCAAAAUCGUCGUACGAUUUUGACUUUUUUUUUUAUGGUUUUGUUAUUCGAUAAAAAUACUUAUUUUGUUUUAUGAUACUUGAUUAUUGAUAAAUUGCAGCUAAACAAAUUAUAUAUAUAUAUAUUACGAAUUAUAUAUAUAUAUAUAAUACAAAAAAAUAUAAUUCUUUUCCAGUAAUUACAUAGGAUACAUCUGAGUAAUUAGUAUACAGGGUGAUUUUCUCGCAGCCGGACCCAAAGGAACACUGGGGGCAAUGAAUCCUUGACUGUACCAUGAAGAGGUCCGCAUUGUCACCUGCCAGCGUGGACCUACCCGGGCCGAGACGACUCUGCGUGUGUGUGUAUGUGUACGGACCUCUUCAUGGUGCGGGCAAGGGGUUCAUUGUCGCCAGUUCCUUUGUGUCCGGGUGCGAGAAAAUCACCCUGUAGUAUCUUUAAUGCUAUAAGUUCAUAGAGGAUUUCAGGUCUCUAUUUUGUGACCUCAUUUCUAUAUUAACAACUUUAUGUGAGGACAUAUGUAAAAAUUUAUAAUAAAAUUAAAUGCUACACAA